AUGACGUUGGAUCGCUUUCGCGUAGACUGGGACCCAAAUGCCCUCCAAACAUUCUUCAGUGAUUCCGAUGAGCGCGACGCCGUGGCCCCGUCACCCAUUAAGCACUUUUUCAGCUGGCAGGAGCUCCGUUCAUCGGGUCGCUUGACGUCCGUUGGCUCAAGGUUCCAACAUCUCUUCUCCUCCAAACUCGAUAUUCCCGACGAAGACGAAUGGUGCUUCGAAAGACCGUUGGGCAAGGGAUCCUUUGGUGCGGCAGCCCUCUAUACCAAAUGGAAUGACAGGCAAGAAAAAACCGAUGCAUUCGUACUAAAAGUCACCGACUUCGAACCGGGCCAAUUCCUCCCAGCUACAUCGAGGAAGAUAUUCUUGACCGAUGAAGCUGCCAUCAUGGCGCAAACCAACAACCUUGGAUCAGACAACCUCGUGCGCCUUCGUCAGUAUAAGGUGGACCGGCAAUUCUGCCGGUAUUACCUCGAGUUUUGUGAAUUCGACACAUUGGAGACACUUAGGCUGAGAUACAAAGCAUGGAAUAAAUAUCUUCCUGAAGCCUUCCUGUGGCAUACCUUCCACUUCCUGGCACAAGCUUAUCUUGACUUUUGCACGGGUCCGUACAGGAGUCUUAAGUUUUGGAAUUUUGGAGAGAUCCUGUCCGGCCAAUAUCUUCUGCACAACGACAUCAAGACGGACAACAUUUUCCUGGGCAUGAAUGCCACCAAAGACGAGGGGACUAUCUGGUAUCCUGUACCAAAGAUAGGUGAUUUUGGGUUGGCCAUAACCACCAAUGCUGACGAACUCACAACCAAUACUGCCCAGGCCCUACAACGAGGCACCGUAGUGUGGUCACCACCAGAGCAACGUAUUCGACAUAUGCAGGAUUGGCGUAUGUACCAUUUCGACGGCGACGUCAACCCUCGAUUUCCUUCCAACAGGGACACCAGCCUGCAUCGAAUCCGUCCCGAAGCAAACAUCUGGGCCAUUGGUGCCGUCAUGUGGAGUUUGAUGACGAUGGGCGAGAUAGACGAACUCAGCGAGAAAGUCGACGACAUCUUGUUGGGCGAGGGACCAGCCUGGAGGACUUUUGAUGGGACAAACGUUCUCCACACCGUUGACCCCGAAAUCAUGAGCCGCUAUAGUCUUGAACUCAUUGAGCUCAUCCAGGAAUGCACGAGCUUGAGACCCGCCGAUCGGCCGCCGCCGAACCGGCUGGUCCAGGACAUCUUGGAGAACUUGCAAAAGUGCUUUGCACGGGAGGAAGAGGUGUUCAGGCAAACACAGGACCCGACGCCACUGAUUGUGGCCUUUGACCAAAACCAAAUCAACGACUUCCCCGACGGCGGCGCCAAUUUCACCAAGCGAAGUUACUUCUGGGACGACUUCGCCGAUCAUCUCCUCUGGGGGCCGAAGGAAUUGGACUUGCUCUGUCCGCCGGCAGCGCCGCAGUUUCUGAACUUUGACGACCGCUGGCCGCUCCCGCUGCGCAGGAAGAUCAAUGAGAGAUGGAGACAAGCGGUGUUGAAGAGAGAUAGAAGAGCUGCUCAAAGCCGCCACGGCAGGACAACACCGUCGAACGUAUUGCAAAACCCAGAGACCAGACAAUUCGACCAACAUUCGGCAGACCAGCCGGAUGCGCAGCCUCGAAAGCGAGCAAGGCUGUGACGGAAUGUGGAUAGGAGUUGGCUCGGCGGCCACUGCU